AUGUCGCAAGAAUUGGACAAUUUUUCAAAUGUGAAUGCGUCAACCACGAUUAACGACACCACAUCAUAUGAUAAUGCUAAUAAACUUGAAAAUUUUCAUAUAAUUAUUGACAUAACUGCUUUAAUUUUCGGUCACGUAGAUUUAAUUGCCUGUUCUCUUGUGAUUUACUCGGCAUAUGCGAGAUGGCGCACAAGUUCUCUAGCAAUAUCAAGUCGCGUUCCUCUUUAUCUUAGCAUUUCAGACGUAUUUCAAUAUUUGGUUUUCAUGCCAAACUUUUUUUAUUCAUUGAUUUUCCGAAAAGCUAUUCCUGAAACAUCUUGUAAAGUACUAGCCUAUCUGUUCUUUUUUCAAAUAAAUCUCAAUAUGAUUUUAAUGGCUGGUAUUGCAUUUGUCACUUAUUUGAGUGUUUGUAGGAGCAUGUCACUUGAAUUGGGCAAAUUUGAUUGUUAUAUUACAACGUUAUCAAUGAUAUUUAAUGUAGAUCGAGAAGAAAUAUCGACUUCAAUCGACAGAGUUAAUAGACGGAACAAAUUGGAAAGACAGGCUACGUUAAAAAUCUUGAUUUAUAUUUCAAUCUAUAUAAAAUGGAUUCCUUUGAUGAUGUAUGGUAUAUGCAUUAUGUCUGGUUAUAAUGAAGCUUUAUGGAUGCAUAUCUCUGCUAUAAUAGCAUUUCAUUUGGGUGGCAUAUAUAAUUGUAUAUUGUAUCUCAUGAACGAAGGAUUACGUCGUUCCAAUAAGGAUUCAACGUUGUUUGUUUUGGAAGGGCAGGAAGAUCGUAGCUUUAAUCAAUCGGUUCAUCAACUAUCACAAGAUCCAGAUAUAAUCGAUUUAACCAUUCUUCAUAAUACCGUAUAUGAUAAGAAUGAUGUUGAAGAUGAUGAAAAUCAUUUCGAAAAUUAA